AAACCCGUGAUUGGAGAAUUCAAUCAAAUGGAGAUCCAUCUAUUUUGAUUAUCGAUUCAAUUCAAUCAAGUCAUUCCGGCAAUUACACUUGUAAAAUGUCAAAUAGGUUUGGCCAAGACUCUUACACAUCUGAGAUUCUUGUACAAGGAUCACCUAAUUGGAUUUCAAAGCCUGUCGAUGUUAAAUCAACUUUGGGAGAUUCAUUAACUAUCCAAUGCUCAGCAUCAGGUUAUCCUAAACCGAUUAUCCAAUGGAAAAAAUUUCAAGGUUCAUGGAUUAAUUUAUCUUCCAAUGGAACUACAAAUGAAAAUGUCCAACAAUCAAGUGAAAAAUUGAUUCUAUCAAAUGCUUCUCGUGAUACUGGUGGUAGAUAUGGAUGUUCAGUAGCGAACGGAAUCAGACCCGAUCUUUGAUCAGAAUUUGACAUCAAAAUCGAGGAAAUGUUUUGAUAUUUCAUAUGUUUAUCAUUGAGAAUUUAGCUGAUUGACCAUGAAGAUCGUUCAGUUGGUAAUUUUGUUCAUCAUUAGUGAUCGUAUUAUUGGUCAAGAAAUUCCAAAAGUGAAUCCAUUCAGUCCAUUUAUCAAACCAGUGAUCGGAGGAAAAACAUCAUUCACUUGUCAAAGUCUCUUUGGAUCUGCACCUCUUUCAAUUACAUGGGUUAAAGAUGGACAAGAGAUUUCUGAUUCAUCGGAAAUACGAAUUCGAAACAUUGAAGAUUCAUCAAUGUUAAUUAUCGAUUCAAUUAAAUCAAGUCAUUCGGGAAACUAUUCAUGUCGAAUCUCAAAUAGAUAUGGUUCUGAUUCAUACUCUUCAGAGUUACUUGUUGAAGGACCACCAAGUUGGAUUGAGAAACCUCAUGAUGUGAAGAUUCAUAUUGGGGAAACAAUUGAAAUUAAAUGUUCAACUGCAGGUUAUCCUAAACCAAGAAUAAAUUGGAAAAAAUUGAAAGAUUCCAAUUGGAUUGACAUCGAUUUAAUUGCCGAAAGAAACAUUGAAAGAAUUGCUGAUCAAUUGAUUGUGAAAAACUCUUCUCAUCAGAAUAACGGUAGAUAUGGUUGUUCAGUUACCAAUGGAGUCGAACCUAAUCUUUGGUCUGAGUUCGAGAUCAAAAUCGAGGUUUUCCCGGCUAAAUUCAAGGAGAAAAAAUCAUAUGUUUCAGCUAAACGAGACACUUCCCUCGAACUUGAAUGUUCAGCUGAAGGAGAUAAGCCUAUUACUAUUCGAUGGUCUAAAGAUUCAGUUAUACUGAACAAGGUUGAUUAUCAACGUCACACAAUUUUGGACACUCCAACAACCGAAGGGCUCAAAAGUACUUUAACCAUUAGAUCAGCUGAUCUGGUUGAUGAUGGAUCGUAUUUGUGUUUAGCUGAAAAUGAAUUUGGUAAAGAUGAGAGAAACAUUCGAGUUACUAUUAUUGAAGCUCCACCUGCACCUCAGAACUUGAUGAUUCGCCAAGCUUGGUCUCGAAGUGUAAGCCUUAACUGGGCAGCCCCGUCGUCCAAUGCUUCACCCAUUUUAGGGUAUAUUGUCCGUUACUGGAAAAUCACUGGCCCGGGAGGCAAUGAAAGGCUCAGAGAAAUCAAUGUUACCUCAUCGAUGAACAAUGUUCUCAUCAAUGGUUUAGAACCUGGUUCUUUCUAUGAAGCGGAAAUUAUCGCUCUCAAUGAGGUCGGAAUCGGUCAACCCUCUCGAACCAUUAAAUUUGAAACAGGGGAAGAGGAACCAACCGGAGCUCCAGUUGAUUUGCAAGCUAUUGCUCGUGGACCAACUACUAUUCGAGUCUCAUGGAAACCACCGUCUCGAGAUAAAUGGAACGGCAAAAUUUUGGGCUAUUAUGUUGGCUAUCGACGAGCGGGUGACUUCAAGACACCGCACUCUCUGAAAACGAUUGAUGCUGCUUCUCACAACCACACUUAUGAAUAUUUGCUAACCUCAUGUCAAGGAACUACUUAUGCGAUCACAGUCAAAGCUUAUAAUUCAGCUGGAAGUGGACCUGAGUAUCAGGAAAUCUUGGCUGAAACCCUUUUGGGCAAUGUUCCGCCCUCACCUCGAUUUAAAGUCCUAUCGACAACACCAGACAGUCUUAGUUUGAAAUACAAUGUUGCUCCUGGAACGGCUUCUGUUCAAUUGAUUCAAUUACAUUUCAAAGAAUUUGAUGAACCCGACUGGAAGGAAUUAGCAUUAACCUAUGAUGGUAAAGAGGUCAAUGAAUACACUUUGACCUCACUUAAUCCAUCGACAAUUUAUAAGCUCUACAUUACUGCUUCAAAUGAACAUGGCAUCAGUGAUCCGAGUCAAAUAAUAACCUCUAAAACUGGUCGAUCUCUUAAUGAUUUAACAUUCUCAGGUUCAUCUUAUGAUUCGACCUCACUUUUAGGAGGUGCUGGUCCAGUUCAUGGGUCAAUGUCAUCAUCUUUUGGUGCUAUGGUUUAUUUUCCCGCUAUCACCAUCAGUGUUGCCUCGAUCAUUAUUGUUAUUGUUAUUGCUUUUGUCUUUGUGAAAAAGGCUCGACUUGAAGCCGUGGCCAAGACAAACUUUGAAUUUUGUCAAGCAUCUCAAGCAGGAACUUUGGCUUACAAUCGAUCCACUGGAACCACUUUUGGAACAGUUCAGCGAUUCGUCGAUCAUGAUAAGACAAUGUCUCUAGUUGCCGCUGGACCUUUCGAAGAUUCUUUCAAUGGUCAACUUCCGACUGCUUACUCGAAAAUACCAGUUGGUACAGAAAAACGUAAUUCUACUCUCGGAGAUGCUCGACACUUCUACGAUUAUCCUCAAUAGAUCGAAAAUUUAUCUUGCUCAUCAAUUCGAUUUCGUAUCCUUGUCAAUUAUCAAUUUACUCUCCAUUUCUAGGCUAGAAAUUUCUUAUUAAUUAACUAAGCACUUUUGCCAUUUUAAUCAACCUGAAGUAAUCAAGUCUCACUCUAUUCAUGUCAGUAUUUAUAUCAUUUUAUUAUGUUGAUAAUUUUGAACAUCGAUAUGACUUUUUGAUUGUCAAUGAUGUUUGUUUUCUUCAAUGAUUGAUAAUUUAAUUCCGACUUUUAAACUCAA